AUGACGGAUCAUUCGGAAACUCAACAACCGCCCCAAACAAAUGCCGACCUCACGGCUGCAAACGCUGCGCUCCUAGCAGAAAACCAGCGGAUGGCCGAACUGUUGGCGGCGAUGCAAAACAACGGAGAUCGGAAGGUCGAUAGCAAAAGGACAAAUGCUGAACAGCACGAAGAACAUCAGUCAGAGUCCAAUGCUAAGACAGGAGAAACUCCCACCAAGUCCGGGAGACGACGAGCUAACCCAUUCUCUGAAGAGAUAAUGAGUUACAAAAUGCCCCAGAAUUUUACACUCCCGAUGACCCUAACACCAUACAAGGGGAUCGGGGACCCAAAAUUCCAUGUCACCAAGUUCGAGUCCAUGAUGUUUCUCAAUAGUGACUGUGACCCCAUUUUAUGCCGAUCAUUUCCUACUUUCCUAGAUGGGGCUGCUUUACUGUGGUUUUCUAAUUUGUCUGCAGAGUCUAUAACCAGCUUUGACGAAUUCGCCAAGAUGUUCAUCAAUCAUUUCGCAGCAUCCAAAAUUUAUGUGAGAGACUCGGAUUAUCUCAGCACGAUCAAGCAAGGUCUGCAUGAAAGCCUCAAGGACUACAUGACGCAUUUCACCACGGCGGCCUUGGAGAUCUCCGACUUAAAGCCAGAAGUACAAUUGCAUGCUAUCAAGAGUGGCCUCCGACCAAGAAAGUUCCAGGAAGCCAUAGCUGUAGCCAAGCCGAAGACGCUAGAGGAAUUUCGAGACAAGACCACGGGACAGAUCGAAAUAGAGGAACUACGUGAAACGCGAAGAAAUAAAAAACUACCAUUACAAAAAGACGAUGACAAGUCGGCGAAGUGA